GAGGUCGAUUCAAAUGGUGUGUACACUGUAAUUUAGGUUUAUAUCGUUUGAUCGUUAUUAUUUUUUACUUUGUUUAAAGCAUUUAAAGUCGUUUUUAAAACACAUUUCUAAUUAAAUACGUACCACAAGUCCGAUAUAGAUCAUGUACGAGCUGCUCCACGUUUGGAGGCGGAAAUGCACAAAAUAAACAGAAAACGAAGAAGAAGGAAAAGCGGAAAUAGCGCGGUCCUAAAUCCGGAAGCGGCAUGGUAUAACCCUGUCCCUCAUGUCUUCACUGUCGGAGAGGUGACCUUACAGAAGACUGAGCAAUAAUAAUAAUAAUUAAAAAAUACACGAUUGGUUUUAUUGAACAACGUUUGCACGUGACGCAGUGAAUGCAACACUGUGUUAUUAUUGAUGCUGGCAUUUUAACAUGCUAGCGUAGAUACGCUUCACUGUAGGGGUUAGUUUUAUUGGCAGAUCUUAGAUUUAUACAGUAAUUUAUCUAGUAGUAAUUAGGGAAUAUGGCGGAGGCUCAGCAAGCAAGAGUACAGCAGGCAGCGGAGGAGAUGGUGCAGACCCUGGAAAGGAAUCAUAUUCGGAAAAUGCAGGGCCGGAUGUUCCGGUGCAGUGCAGACUGCUGCGACCGCACGACCGACUCUAUGAGUCAGGUUCAUGAGUGUAUAGACCGCUGUCACACACCUCUGGCUAAAGCGCAGGGACUGGUCACUGGCGAGCUGGAAAAGUUUCAGGAUCGUCUCACACGAUGCACUAUGCACUGUAACGAUAAAGCCAAAGAUCUGUUUGACUCGGGGGCGAAGGAGCCUGCUGUGCGAGCUCUAAUGGAGAAGUGUGUGGGGGGCUGCAUAGACGAACACCUCAGCCUGCUUCCCAGUAUGACCCGCCGUCUAAAGGAGAACCUCGACUCUAUACCACAGUGAUGAAUAUGUGAAGGAUUAAUCCCAGAAAGCUUGAGCUUCAUGGUGGAUUUCUUCAUCAGCGUUAUUGUAUUGUGACAAAACUAGCGUGUUAUGAUCCGUUGUCCACCUCCACCGUUUUUUUUGUUUGUUUGUUUGUUUUUUUGUAAAGACAAUAAAACAAAACCUGUGAAAUGAAA